UAAGUCUUUGUUAAUUCAUGCUAAUUGGCAUGGGAUUGUUGUUGCACAAUGAACUAAGACAUUGUGAGAUCCUCUCUAGUCCGGUGUUUUUAAUACUUCUUUAUUGUAAUAAUCUCUUUCUUAUAGAUAUCUAAAUAAUUCAUGAUUAUUCAGGUCCUAGUUAUCUCUAAUUUCCUGGAAACCUUUUAAUCUCGUCCUCUGUUCUCUAAAGCCCUUCCUGUUGUGACUCCUCCAAUGUGUGAAUCAGUGAUCUUAAAAUGAGUUCAAAUGUUCUUGUCACACGAUAUCCUCUUUAAAGUUUGUAAAUCUCGUAUUGCCUUUGUAUUUUUUGGCGAUCCUGUACCUGCCUCCAGAGUGUUAGUCUCCUUGCCUAACAGUCAGAUUCCAACCCCCACACAGAGAGCCGUCUGGAGGCCUGAGCUCCACAGCUGUGACUCCUCAGUGCAGGAAAGGCGGCUGCCCUGCUCCAGCCAGUGUGCCUGAGUGCAGCGAUAGCCACGAACUGGAGACACUGAUGCCUCCAGGCACCCAGGAGUCGGGUCAGCAGCCAACAAAAGACCCGGAGGAACAGAGUCUGAUGAUUGCUUGGAAUGGCUCUGUGAGUCAUAACUGGGUCAACAGGAUCACCCGAUACAGAGACACUAUAACAGAAGAGUCUCCGGCGCUGACGAACGGAGCGCUCAACAUGUUCAUCACUGCGCCUGGCACGGAAACAGACGAUCAUCUCUCCCCGUCUCUGUGCAGUAACCAGGUGGAGGCAGAAGUCAUUGUGCACUCUGAGUUGUCGGACCCCCCUGGGAGGGAGAAGGAGGAGGGCAGCGAGCGGGAUUCUAUCGCUACCCGGGGACCGUCGUUAUCAGAGGACGUGUACUCCCCUCUGAGUCGGCCGAGUUCGCCGAGAGAAGAGGCGGAGCACCUCGAAAACCUUUCCGCUCGGGGGGCUGAAAGUCCCCCGAGUCUUCCCGCAAGAACAUUAGCGGCUCAUCACAACGAGGAGGCAGAAGGCGCCAGGCAACAGGAGAACGCCGACAGGGAGCCACAGCCGGACACAUGCCUCACCAAUGGCUUCCACUCUCCUAAGACUCCGAGGCCCAUGCUGAAAUCUGAGCAUCUGGAAAUGGAAGACUCCAGACACUGCCCGUCCGCUGCAGGGAAGGCUAUCUCUGCUGGACUACCUUCUGCACCCUUUGUCAGCCCCGGCUUCGUGCACUCUACCUCAGCUGCUCACAUAUAUCUGUGCCCUUAACUUCAUCUACGCAGGGACAUUUCAGACUUUUUCUUUUUCUUAUUUUCCAGGAAGAAUCCAUGAAAAAAUAUAUUUUUAUGCACAUUAUCACUGGAUUUCUUUCUCUUCCUUGCAUAGGUACUCUGAAUCCAUCAUUUCACAUAUGUGUAUACUGUAUACAUAAGAAGACAUGUUUUCUGUAGAGGUCCAGAACUGUUUCAGGUUCUACAUCUUUGUGGAUUCUUUCCAGAUCACAAAAAGAAGACAGGAAAGUUUGAAUAUAAGCAGAGCAGAACCUGAGUGAAGUCGCCCCCCCUCCCCACCUUCUUCAAAUCAGACAAAAUUGGUGUUUGUGCAUCAAAAUGUUUUGUUUGUGCCGCUAUCAAUUUAAAGAUAUUAUGAAAUUUUUCCAGACGUCAUGAAAGGUCAUCCAGCAACCCCUACCUACUCUCAAAUCAGACAAAAUUGGUGUCAAUCAA